AUGGAUAAGGAAUGGAUCCAUCUUCCUUCAAGGCUUGUUCCCGAGUAUGAAGAAGGGGUUCAAAAAUUUCUUACACAAGCUAGGAACUAUGCCAAAACACGUGAAGUAAUCUUAUGUCCUUGCAAACAUUGCAAAAAUAAGAAGUAUAUGAAAUUUGACCAAGUGUACGAUCACUUAAUUAUUAACGGAUUCAAUCCUUCUUACACAAUUUGGGUCUUCCAUGGUGAAACUUAUACUCCAAAUUUUCAAGGUCAAAGUAGUUCAAGAGGAGUUCAGGAAGAGGAGGAUGAAACUAGAGAGGCAUAUAACUUAUAUAAAGAUGCCUUUGCCUCUGAUGAAAGCGUUGGCCACACUAUGUUUGAGGCAAGAGAUUAUGAAUUUGCUGAUUUAUUAGUAGAUGCAGAAACUCCUCUCUUCCCUGGUUGUACAACUUACACGAAGUUGUCAGCAAUCGUUACAUUAUACAAUUUCAAGUCUACAAAUGGUCACACUGACAAUAGUUUCAAUGAGCUCCUUAAGAUCUUAGGAUAUGAGAAGAUUCAUGCAUGCCCAAAUGACUGUUGUCUAUUUAGAAAGGAGCUUAAAGAUUUGGACUCAUGUCCAAAGUGUCGUUCUUCAAGAUGGAAGGUAGACAAAGUCACCACCAAAGUUUGUAAAGGAGUUCCUGAAAAGGUGCUACGGUAUUUUCCUGUGAUACCAAGAUUGAAAAGGAUGUUUAAAUCAGAACAAAAGGCUGAAGACUUGAUUUGGCAUUCCAACCAUAAAAGCCAUGAUCAUAUGAUGCGUCAUCCAGUUGAUUCAAUAGCUUGGGAUACGAUAAAUCAUAAGUGGCCAGCUUUUGCAUCAGAUCCUAGAAAUCUCCGACUUGGUCUUGCAACAGAUGGAUUCAACCCUUUUGGUGAUCUUAGUUCUAGAUAUAGUUGUUGGCCAGUUAUUUUAGUAAAUUACAACCUUCCUCCGUUGAUGUGCAUGGCGAAGAAAAAUCUUAUGUUGACAUUAUUGAUUCCAGGCCCGAAGCAACCAGGAAAUGAUAUAGAUGUAUACUUGGAACCCCUAGUGGAGGAUUUGAAGGAGUUAUGGGACAUUGGUGUGGAGACGUAUGAUGCAUUUAACAAGUCAGUGUUCAAUAUGAAAGCUAUUUUGAUGUGGACAAUCAAUGAUUUUCCAGCUUAUGGAAACUUAGCUGGAUGUGCCACAAAAGGGAAAUUUGGUUGCCCAAUAUGUGGUGAAGGGCAUAGGAGAUUUCUUGCUCCUAAUCAUCCAUUCCGUCAGAAGAAGAAGUGGUUUGAUGGGAAUAAAGAGACAAAAGGAAAACCUAGGCCUCUGAAUGGAUUAGAAAUUCUUAAUGUAUUGAAAGACAUUGAAAAUGACUGGAGUAAAAAGAAAAUGGGAAAAGAUAUCAAUAAUACAAAGAAAAAGAGGAAGGAGUGUGAUGGUUCAAAAAAAGUUCAAAUAUGGAAGAAGAAGUCAAUAUUUUUCAAUUUGCCAUACUGGAGUGGGCUCCUGCUACGUCAUAACUUAGAUGUUAUGCAUGUUGAAAAGAAUGUUUGCGAGAAUAUCAUAGAAGAACGAAAGCUUAUUGGGUUGAAAUCUCAUGAUUCUCAUGUUCUUAUGCAACAAUUGCUUUUAGUAGCAUUGAGAAGUCUUUUACCAAAAGGUCCACGUAAUGCUAUAUUUUUGCUUUGUGCAUUUUACAAUGAGUUAUGUCAAAGAGUGUUAGAUAGGAACCGUCUAGAACAACUCGAAGAGAAUAUUGCUGAAACUUUAUGCAUGUUGGAGAGGUACUUUCCACCAGCUUUCUUUACCAUCUCUGUUCAUUUGACAAUUCAUUUAGCAAGAGAGACUCGCCUAUGUGGGCCAGUUCAAUUCCGCAGGAUGUAUCCAUUUGAAAGAUUUAUGAAAAUGCUUAAAGGCUAUGUGAAGAACCGAGCAAGGCCAAAGGGUUGCAUAGCUGAGUGUUACCUUGCAGAAGAACGAAUGCGAUUUUGUAGUGCUUAUAUAAAAAAAGCUGCUUGUAUUGGUCUCCAAUCUAAUCGGAAUGACGAUUUGGAAAAUGGAGUAGUGGAAGGUCGCCCCAUUUCUCAAGGAAAAGAAAUUAUUUUAGAAGAACAUUUGUUACAAGCAGCACAUCGAUAUGUGUUGUUCAAUACUGCAGAAAUUGAUCCUUACAUACAGAUGCACAUUGAGGAGCUUAAACAAACAGAUCGUCGUUUCUCAAAUCGAAUUCAAUGGCUAGCACAUGGUCCAAGAAAGCAUGUUAUAUCAUAUACAGGUUAUAUUAUAAAUGGACAUCGGUUCCACACAAUUGAUGUUGGAAGGUCGACACAAGAUAGUGGUGUUUCAGUUGAAGCUGAUACUAUUUGGCAAUCUAGUUCUACUGAUUCACAUACAGUAGGAAGACAAUCGUACUAUGGGGUUAUACGAGAUAUUGUGUUACUAGACUAUUAUUUUUUCAAAGUACCUGUUUUUAGGUGUGAUUGGGCUAAUCCUGAAACUGGUAUCAAAAUGGAUGAUGGUUUUACACUUGUCAACUUACACCAAGGACUAAGGACUUUUGAAAAUGAUCCUUUCAUUUUAGCAUCACAAGCAAAGCAAGUUUUCUAUUCUAGGGAAAAUGAUGAAUCAAAUUGGUAUGUGUUGCUAAAAGCGCCACCUCGGGGUAUUCAUAACAUGGAUUUGCUUGAAGAGGAUGUAUAUACAUCAUCAAAACCUCUUGAUGUGUCUAGACUUGAGAUUAACAUUACUGAGAAAGAACCAUAUUCCAGAAAUGAGUGUGAGGGAAUUGAUGUUAUUGAUAUCCCAUGA